CUUUACAAAGUUGAAUACAAAUCUUACUGAGACAACAGAAAGUAAUACAGAAGAGGAAUAUACAGACAGAGACCAGCCUUUUUUGUGACCUGUCAAUCCAUGAAGAGUGAGUGCUCUCAGACCCCUAAAAAAUACCUUGGAAAAAAUGUAUGCUAGUCGAGAGGAUAUUGGAUAUGAUUUUGGAGAUGACUCAAAAGUUGGAAGUAAGCCAAUUAAGCCUAAUCCAAACAUCGAUGGAGGAUGGGCUUGGAUGAUUGUGCUUUCUUCUUUCCUUGUGCACAUACUUAUCAUGGGGUCCCAAAUGGCCCUUGGAAUACUCAACAUGGAGUGGCUUGAAGAGUUUAAUCAAAGUCGUGGCUUAACAGCAUGGGUUAGUUCUCUCAGCAUGGGCAUUACACUUAUUGUAGGUCCUUUCAUUGGUUUAUUCAUCAGCAUGUGUGGGUGCCGCAAGACAGCUAUAAUUGGAGGGAUACUGAAUGCCCUAGGUUGGAUACUGAGCGCCUGUGCCUCAGAUGUGCACUACCUCUUCCUUACAUUUGGAGUGACAGCCGGCGUUGGAAGUGGCAUGGUUUAUCUGCCUGCAGUGGUCAUGGUAGGGCAGUAUUUUCAGAAGAGAAGAGCGCUUGCACAAGGACUCAGUACCACAGGAACGGGGUUUGGAGCUUUCCUAAUGACUGCGUUACUGAAGUACCUCUGCAUCGAGUUUGGGUGGAGGAGCGCCAUGUUCAUCCAGGGUGCCAUCUCCCUGAACCUUUGUGUCUGCGGGGCGCUUAUGAGACCACUCUUUCCCAAAGACAUAGUUAGUGAAAAGUAUGUUGUGAGAAGUAACAGUGAAGAUAACCAAGCAAAAGCUCUGUCCCAUUCUGCAGAGACUAUAAAAUCUAACGGAGUCCUCGGUGAAGAACCAGAAAAAAAAGAAGAGGCAACAAAUGAAGAAGUGCUUGACAGUGGUCAGCACAUAGAAUCUGGAGGUAAAUCCAGAGAUGGAAGGAGCAUGUAUGGACUGCGCAUUCUUAAGACAGUGAGCCAGCUGACAGUUACAAUCAGGAAGGGCUUUGCAAUAUGGUACUCCAGCUACUUUGGAGCUGCAUCGCUGUUUACGAAUAGAGUAUUUGUGGCCUUUAUAAUUUGGGCUUUGUUUGCCUAUAGCAGCUUUGUCAUUCCCUUUAUUCAUCUUCCAGAAAUAGUCAAGCAGUACAACUUGUCUAGUCAGAACAAUAUAUUUCCUUUGACAUCCAUUAUAGCCAUUGUUCAUAUUUUUGGUAAAGUGAUCCUUGGAAUUAUCUCUGAUCUCCCAUGCGUCAGCACAUGGAAUGUCUUCCUCAUGGCUAACUCUACUCUGGUCACUUGCAUUCUUACUUUGCCACUAAUGCAAACGUAUGUUAGCCUAGCUGUGGUUUGUGCUCUAAUAGGAUUCUCUAGCGGCUAUUUUUCUCUAAUGCCUGUUGUGACUGAAGAUUUAGUUGGAACUAAACACCUUGCAAAUGCUUACGGCAUCAUCAUUUGUGCCAAUGGAAUAUCUGCAUUGUUUGGACCACCCUUUGCAGGUUGGAUCUAUGACAUCACACAGAAAUAUGACUACUCUUUUUACAUAUCUGGCUUGCUAUACAUGGUGGGAAUAGUAUUUUUACUUAUACAACCUUGUAUUCAAAAGAAACAACCAAAAGAAAAAUCUACGGAAGAAGCACAAGUAUAGAACAAAUUCCAUAAGGUUUUUUACAGAAUUUUCUUUGUUUUCACAUUUCUAUUGUAUGACAUUAUGAAGCUGUUUUUCUUAUGGAACCAACCACAUUGAAGUAUACUUCAGUGAAAAGCAAAUGUGCACCAAAAUGCUAGUAAAUUAUUAGAAACAUGUUUUUUAAGUGAGUUAUUUUACUUUAGAACUAACAAAUAAGUGAUUAAAAGCACCCUGCUAGUCUUUUAAACUUGAAACAAUUCUAGAAGCCUUUUACCCUUGCUUCUCUUUUUACUGCUCACCACUACACACCGGUGAAACUCCAUUGACUGCAGUGCAGUUACUUCUGUUUUACACUGGUCUUAUAAGAGAAUUUGAUCAUGAUAUGAAUGAUUUCUAAAAGCCCUUCUUGCUAUGUAUUCUGUCUGAUAAAAGAUUAGUUACUGAGUAUGAGAAAAUGACUAUAUUUCUUACCUGGCUAGUCAAGUACUGUUGAAAUGCUAGUACAAUAAUUCAGUUAAUUCAGUGCACUGAAGUUACUAUUUCUGUGAUGCAAAACUGAAGGAAAGUACUUAUAUUUUUUCUGAAAUUACUCUCUUCUUCAAGGAUUUUUUAAUUAUCAGCUGCAUAAUAAAGUAGCCAUCCUCAAUACAUAGGCUGCAUUAUAAAUGCUGUAACACUUAAUGCUGCUGAAGUAAAACAUAAAAGCAGAAACAGGCAACAUAUGAAAAAUACUACUGUUAUUCACAGAGGGGAAAAUGUUUCCAGAAACAGUUGGAAGUUUCUGGUUGCUUUACCGAAUUAGAGGUAUUGUAGAACUUCCCAACAUUGCAAUUGACUCCUCCCAUGGAACUUGUCAAGUAAGCUACUAAAGAAAGAGAGCUAGGCAAAAUUGGCCAAACAUACUUUUAAGAAAGAACAGGACUACAGCACGCUAAAUCUUGUUGCAAUAAGAUUAAUAACAAAAUC